AUGCCAAGCAGCUCAACCACUGCAUGCCUCGCGGCGGCUGCCGUGGCGGGUCUCACCGUUCCCACCUUCGUUCCUGCCGGAACUCAAGGUCUCCGCAGCCCCCAGGUGCAAUCUGCACGAGGCUCCCAAGCCACAGGUUCUUACAGCACUGGUGCAGUGGUUGGUGCAGCUGCCGUGGCUGUCUUUGGCACGGUGGCGGCGCAGCGCCCGGCUCGCACGGCACAGAAGGCCGCCCGCCGCGAGCUGGCUGUGGCGUACGAGGAUUCCGGGAUUGAUCUGCUCGACAAUG